AUGAAGGAUUAAAGUCCUGAUCAAUCAGAUCCAAUGAACAAUUCGGAUGAUCUUAAAUCAAGUGUGUCAUAGGGAUAUCGACUGUAUUAAAAGAGAUAUGCGAUAUUAUUUUUGUUCACAAUGGCUGAAUUAUGUAAUACAGCAGUCUAUGCCACUUGCAAUCCUAUAGCGAUUGAAUUAAGUUACAUCUAUGGUGAAGAUACUUCGGUUAUCACUCUUUCUGCAACUUUAUAUUUAUUUAUGCAUCCACUAUUUACUUUUCCGGCUAGUUACUUGAUUAUGUAUAAGGGAAGUAGCAUGUCUGUGAAAGUAGGUGCUAUUUUGACUUUGCUUGGAGUUUUUUCAAGAUGCUUAGUUAGAUAGUCAUUCAUAUAUGUCUUAAUUGGUUAAACAUUAUGUGGAAUGGGCAGGCCCUUAAUUCUCAACGCUUAGGCUUCAGUUGCAGUAGAAUGGUUUCCAUCCAAUCAGAGAACUAAAUUGAUGACUAUGUUGAAUUUCAUAGUCACUUUUAGUGGAAUACUAGGAUAUAUAAUACCACCUAUAUUUUUUGCAGGAGUUACCAUUGAUAAGUAUUCAACUUAAGAUGCACUUGACACAGGAGAUUCAAGAUUUAUGUAUCUGCUGUUUUCAGAAGCAUUGUUCUCUGCAGUGUUCCUAAUUCCACUCUUGAUCUUCUUUGAAACCAAACCCAAAACUCCUCCAUCGGCUGCUGCCAAAGGAUCAUCUCAAAUAAUCUCAUUCAGCGAUAGCAUUUGCUAGAUGUUAAAGGAUACUAAAUUUAUCCAGAUAUUUACUUCCUUCACUUUGUUUUAUGGCUCUUACAAGGGAUAUGGAGUGGCUCUGGUAUACAUUUUGAUGCCGUAUGGGUAUGGUAAAUCUGAUAUUGCCAUUUUAUCAGUGAUGCCAGUCAUCGGAGGAUUUCUUAGUUCAUUGAUCAUUCCUACAAUAUAUAAAAGCUGGGGGAAAUACAAGCCUAUUAUUAUUAUUCUAGAAUCUUGCACUAUAUUAACCUUUUAUGGAUUUUUGUGGGGAUGUUACUUGCAAAACUAUGUAAUGAUGCUUGCAAUGGCUACUUUGUAAGGAUUUUUUAUAUUGCCUGCGAUUCCUUUAUUAUUGGAAUGGGGUUGCGAAUAAAUAUAUCCAUUGAAUGACUCCUUCUGUAUAGGACUACAAUAUUCAGGAGCUACUAUGGGAAGUUCGUUUAUUGCUCAAAUAGUUAGCAUGGUCAUUCACGGAAAGGAUGCCACCAAGUUUGAUGGAUUUAUGGGUAUUACUAUAACUUGUUCUUUAUAUACCUUAGCUAUUUUGAGCAUUCUAUUUCUUAAGGAAGUUAAACAUAAGUUGGCCUUGAAAAAAUCAUUUGUUUCUCCUUCAGAUUAAAUUGAAAAAGGGUUUCCACACCCAUACACUGAGGUCAAUCCAGAUGAUUUAGGUCUUUUUGAUCCUGACAAGGUCUAAGAUGAGGAUGAUGAUGCGGGAGCAGAUGAAAACUUAAUUGAUGAUGAAAAUCAUAAGAACAAUAAUAAUUCCAGUCAUAAAUAAUAUCAAGCAGGAAACUCUUUUGGAGGAAACUGA